AACCCCUUCCCCCCCUCCCCCCCUCUCUCUCUCUCUCUCUGCAAACAAAACAACGAACAGCUACAAGAAGUGAGUAAAAUAAUAAAAAUCUUGUCAUUCUUCUUCUUCUAGGACAAGCAGAAAACACAGAGACCCCAAAACACAGCAAUGGCGACCACAUCUGUCACUCUCCUUCCUCCUCCUAUCAGCUUCACCCCGGAGCGUCCGCAACCUCUCUUCCCAUCAAGCACCUCCUCAGUUUCUUCUUCUUUCUUCGCUGGUGGGACUAAUCUUUGGACACACAAAAGAUUUAUCUCUCUUUCAUCACCAUCAUCGUCAUCUUCUUCUCUAUUCAAUAAGAAGAUAUCUGCAAAGCGCUUUGGAACAGUAGUUGCGGCUUCAGCAGAUUAUUACUCCACUCUUGGGGUUUCUAAAUCUGCCAAUAGCAAGGAAAUCAAGGCUGCUUACCGAAGGUUAGCUCGCCAGUAUCACCCAGAUGUGAACAAACAACCUGGAGCAACUGAAAAGUUUAAGGAGAUAAGUGCAGCAUAUGAGGUGCUAUCAGAUGAUAAAAAGAGGUCUUUGUAUGAUCAAUAUGGUGAAGCUGGAGUGAGAAGUACAGUAGGGGGACAGGCUGGUGCUUAUACGACUAAUCCCUUUGAUCUAUUUGAGACAUUCUUUGGUCCUAGCAUGAGUAGUUUCCCCGGUAUGGACCAAACUGGAUUUGGGACACGCCGUCGUAAUACUGUUACGAAGGGUGAAGAUCUACGUUAUGAUAUGACUUUGGAAUUUACGGCGGCUAUAUUUGGAGCAGAAAAAGAAUUUGAACUUUCCCAUCUUGAAACAUGUGAAGUUUGCACUGGUACUGGAGCAAAGAUAGGCUCCAAGAUGAGGAUAUGCUCAACUUGCGGUGGCAGGGGUCAAGUUAUGCGAACAGAGCAAACGCCGUUUGGCUUGUUUUCACAGGUUUCUGUAUGUCCGAAUUGUGGUGGGGUUGGUGAAGUCAUUUCUGAAUACUGUCGAAAAUGCUCUGGUGAAGGCCGUAUCCGCGUUAAGAAAGAUAUCAAAGUCAAAAUUCCUCCUGGAGUCAGCAAGGGCAGUAUUCUCAGAGUUGCUGGAGAGGGUGACGCUGGACCAAAGGGGGGCCGUCCUGGAGAUCUCUAUGUCUACCUUGACAUUGAAGAGAUACCGGAGAUCCAAAGAGAUGGCAUAAAUCUCUGUUCAACAGUUUCAGUUAGCUAUCUAGAUGCCAUAUUGGGGGCUGUUGUUGAGGUUAAGACUGUUGAAGGGAUUAAUGAUCUACAGAUCCCUCCGGGUACUCAACCUGGCGAUGUGCUUGUCUUGGGGAAGAAAGGUGCACCAAAACUGAACAGACCAUCAAUACGUGGUGACCACUUAUUCACAAUUCAAGUUACCAUACCAAAACGCAUCAGUGCCAAAGAGCGGGAACUGCUUGAAGAACUUGCUUUUCUAAAUGACACUCCUGGAAGCCGUUCACAAACUCGCCCUAAGGUUAAGCAAACUACUAGUACAGAAAAUCAAACGGGUUCUGUUACCGAGAGAGAGAGAAAUGAAUCAGGAGAAGAUGAUGUAUGGAAGAAGUUAAAAGAUUUUGCUGGGUCUGUUGGAAAAGGAGCUCUAAAUUGGUUGAAAGGCAACUCCUAGUCUUUCAAACUCAUGUCUGCACUUGUGUAUUAUACAGGCAAUAGAGUUUUUGCCCCUCAAUAUAUGGCUGCAAAAGGAUGAUGCAGUUACCAUUCUUAAUUCAACCUUCUUGGCUUUUGCUGAAGAAAUCGAAUGGUAACAACAGUGGAUAUUCAUUAAUUCUUUUUUCAUCAUUGUAAAUUAUACCACUCGGCUUAUGGCAAUAGAUUCACCUCUUCCAAGUGUAUCAACGUGUAUGCCUUGAGCAUAUUAGGAAGGCAACUGCUCGUUAGGCUAGAAGAAAUUUUAUUUUUUUACAUUUACGAAUUUUGCAGAAGUCCAACUUGCCCCAAUCAUUUCAAUAGAAAUUUCUUGUUUAGCUUUA